AUGGGGUAUGGGUCUAUAGGAGGGAUUUCAGAAUUUUGUGCAGAAACGAAGCUUAUCGCCGCGUACUUGAUCUCUGUUAUUUGCGGUAAUACCAGCCCAUCUGCCGACGAUUUAAAGAACAUCUUCGGUUCAGUUGGGGUUGAUGCUGAAGAUGAUAGGAUCGAGCUACUGCUAUCAGAAGUGAAGGGUAAAGACAUUACAGAGCUGAUUGCAUCUGGAAGGGAGAAGCUGGCAUCUGUGCCUUUGGGGGGGUGUGGUGGUGCAGCCAUUGCAGUGGCUGCAAGUGCUGGUGGUGCAGCACCUGCAGUGGAUGAACCAAAGAAAGAAGAGAAGGUGGAAGAGAAAGAGGAGGCAGAUGAUGACAUGGGCCUUAGUCUUUUCGAGUGAGGGAUUCAGAUGCUGCUCUGUGUAGGGAGCCUUUGCUUCCCAUGUUCAAGCUCUCAUCCUAAAUUUUUGAUCUGUUGGUGAACAUACGUUCUGUUUUUGUUAGAAGUAAAAUGAUUUUUUUCUUCUUUCCCUAUUGGGUAGAAAGAGAUGUGAGGUAGAGGAAAACGUUGCAUGAUAUAUUAACUAAUGUUGAUUGUACCUUUUGACUUAUACACAAGAUAUUGUUUUGGUGUUUCCUUUGCCAAUGACAUAAUUCUCACCAUAGAGCUGGGACUUAUUUCUGUCUGGUA